CGCAGCUGCGCCAUAGCCAGAUGGAGCUGCUGUGGCGACAGCGGCUGUUCGCGCCGGCGGGCGCCCUCCUGUUGCGCUACCACGGGGACUCCAGGAGACGAGGAGGCUCCCACGAACAGCUGCGGCUCUGGCGGCAGCUGAUGAGCCGCCGCUUCUCCGUCUGCUGCUGCCUGGCCGCUCACGAGGGCGCCGACGACGCGCUGCCGCACAUUAAGACGGUCGCCACCGAGGCUCUGUGGCGUGGCUCAGCCGAGCCGCUGCUGGCCGCCUGGCAGCACUGCUUUUUCAGCGAGCGGCACGGCUUCCAACAGCUGGCGCGGCGGCUGCUGCGCCAGCCGACGGCGCGCCGCCAGCUGGAACCGUACGUGCUGCGCGUGGUGGAGGAGGCGCAGCUGGCUGGCCGCGAAGACGUGCUGCGCCGGCUGCCCGAGCAAGCGCUGGCGGUCGGCGAGCCGCACCUCUACCCGCUCGUGUUCGGCGCCCUGCUCGACUAUCAGUGCCUCGUGGAGGACGUGAAUUCAGCGCAAGAGACUUUCAAGCUGGUGAGUACAUUGUCCAUACGCCUGCCAUCUGCCGUCAUUGAUCGUUACUUCAGCCUCCUGCAGCGUCACCGUCUGAAGGCGCCAGCCUCGUUGCUACGGAUGAAGUACCGGCAGCGUCCGCCAGGUGGCUCUGCUGUACCGCCGGCCCCGCCCGCCUGGUGGGUCAAAUGGUGAAUUGUUGGCCGCGACGUUGCCACAAGGGGACGCUAUUAUCCAGAGCUUUCGAUGUGGUUGGAUGGAGUCGAUUGUUGAUUGCAUGAUUGUAUUCAUUUAUGAUUGAAUCCUGUGGUGAGAUAAAAGGCAUGGGUGGAUGGACGAAA